CAAAGGCAUCUGCGAGGCUACCAUGUUGGGGUCCUCGCUGAAACACAUUUUCAGCAUGGCGGCCUCCGUAGCAGGGUUGCUUAAACCUUGGACACCGAGCGUGGUCCUGGUUAGAUGGAGCAGAUAUAACCCUUACUACCUGGAGCCAGAGGUGAGGAGGGAGGCAUACAGCCGUCCUGAGGCAGAGCUGAGCACUGAGGAGCAGGAGGAGCGCAAGCUCAAAGAGCUCCGACCCAUAAAAGCAGCGACCUGCAGCACCACCAGCUCAGUCUUUGAUGACCCACUUAUUAGUAAAUUUGUCCGAAUGAUCAUGACGGACGGGAACAAGGUUUUAGCCAGAGAGAUCAUCACCCAGACAUUGGAAAACAUAAAAAGGAAACAAGUGGAAAAAUAUCACAAAUCUCCAGCAGGGAAGAAAGAGGAGAUUGAAUGUAAUCCCUACACCAUCUUCCAUACAGCACUGGAGAACUGUAAGCCUGUUGUUGGGCUGGCGAGCAUACAGAAAGGUGGAAAGUCCUACCAGGUGCCCAUCCCGCUUACAGACAACCGACGCCGGUUCCUCGCCAUGAAAUGGAUGAUCACAGAGUGCAGAGAAAACAAACACAGGCGCACCCACAUGUAUGAAAAACUCUCCCAAGAACUAUUGGCCGCCUUUGAAAAGGAAGGCAAUGUUAUCAAGAAGAGGCAUGAGCUGCACAAGAUGGCCGAAGCCAACCGAGCCUAUGCCCACUACCGCUGGUGGUAGCCGCUGGCCCUUCAGGAUGGAACCUGCUGCUCAAUGAGCACUUAUGGCUGUUUUGUAAAUACUGAAAAUGACUAAACACUUUUUUGUAUUCAGAAAACAUGCAGUGAGGAAUAAACAGCUGAUAAAUACAAAAUAACUGCUAAUUAUAGUAAGAAUGGAAAAAAAGUAUUUAUUCAAACAAAAUCCUUGGAAUUGCUGUACAAACAAUAAAAACAAAUGUAAAAGUGUUGUAACAUUAUAAUAAAUCUGAGGUACAUGA